CUAUAGUGCGUAAAAGGUUCGUUCUUUUCUAACCUAAAAAGGUUUGCAUCAAUCGUUGCGCUUUAUUUAUGAUCGAAUAUCGGACAACUCCGAGACAAUGUUAAGAAAAACCAACAAGUCCUCGUGGGGAGGUCGAGGAGGAAGAUCAGGAAACUCGAACGAUAAACACUAUUUUGCAGGUCACGAUGAUCGUGUUCCAAGGAACGACGGAGGCUCGUAUAUCGGAAACAGACCUAGAGUGUCGUUUAAAACUCAAGCAAGACCGACGAGAGAUAUACCAAGAAGUUUGGCAUUAGCGUGUUUGGACGAAGAUGUACAAAUGGCGACAAGUUCUAACAACAAUAAUAGACAAGUUAUCAUCAGAGGAAGAGAUAGAGGUAUGCAACGUGGAAGAAAUAGUCCUUUGCCUCAUAGGAGGUUUAGAGGAGGACUUGCUGCCGGUAUGAGAAGACUUCCUCUUGGUGAACCUAAUUGGUAUAAGAUUACCAUACCUUACGGACACAAAUACGAUAAAGAUUACGUAGUGAAUAAUCUCCUUAGUUAUAUCGCGCCGGAAACAUUCGUUCCAAUAAUGUAUAAAGUAGCCGGAAACGAAGCUAGUUUCUACGUCGACGAUAACAAAACCGCGACUGCUCUACUUAGUUCUGAUCGGAAAAUUACAACCACGGAUGGAUUCAAACUCCAAGUAAAAGUUAUAAAAUCAGGUUUUCCACAUUGCGAGAUAGACGAAAAACUGAAAGAAAGAUUGAAGCAAGCAAUGGCUAAACGAUACGUGCACGAAACAAACGCGUUAGAUCUAUCGAGUUUUCACAGAGAUCCCGAUCUCGUUACCGAUUACUUCUGCGCAUUAUUCCGCCCUAUUAUGCUGAAAGUAGUGCUGGAUCUUGUAUCGGAAUAUAUACCAAAUUUGGAGGCGCUAAAUUUGGAUGGAAAUAAAUUACAGAUAAUUGAAAAGUUGAACAUUUUAACGAAAAAGUUUUCAAAGUUAAAGAUAUUGUACAUCGGGGACAACAAGAUAAAAGAAAUGAAUCAAAUAGAUACCAUCAAAGAUUUAAAACUGGAAGAGCUGAAACUAGCAGGAAAUCCAGUUUGCAACAAGUAUAAGUCUCGUCAGAAUGACUACAUUAGCGACGUGCGGAAACGAUUCCCUAAACUACUACGGCUGGAUGGAAUGGAACUUCCAAAGCCGAUCUUAUUCGAUGUAGUGGACGAAGGAAAUAAAAUGCCACCGUCGCAAAGAAUGUUCGUCGGUAACGCGAAAGCACAAGAAAUUGCUAGUCAAUUUUUACAGCAAUACUUUGUUAUAUUCGAUAGCGAGAAUCGUCAGCCACUAUUGGACGCGUAUGACGAACACGCGUGCUUCAGUAUGACCGUAUCUUAUACUCACAACUCUAACAACAAAUUGAACGGAUACCUAUUGGAAAACAGAAAUUUGUACAGAACGAACGAUACAAAUAAGAGACACAAGUUAUUGAAACAGGGCCGUUUACCCGUGGUUUCAUUUAUCUCUGAAAUGCCUCAAACGAGUCACUAUCUAAACACAUUCACGAUGGAUAUUAGUCUUGUCACUGAGGGAAUGAUGUUGAUCACGGUCACAGGACUAUUCAAAGAACUCGAUAAGAAAGAGCAAUCGAUUCGUUACUUCAAUCGCACGUUUAUUAUAGUACCAGAAGGGACUGGUUACUGUAUUCGAAACGAGCAAUUACAUAUCAACACUCCGACGGAUGCACAAUUGAAACAUUUAAACAGUCAAACGGAAGUACAAAUACCAGGACCUGUGUCGCACGGUGCUUCAUCGAGCAGUGGUAUCGCGAAACCGAUGCCUUCGCAGCAGUUACCCGAAAACGUGAAACAACAAAUGACAAUGACGCUUAGCCAGCAAACGAACAUGAAUCUAGAAUGGAGUUUGAAAUGCUUGGAAGAGGUAAUGUGGAAUUACGACAAUGCGCUGUCGGCGUUUCAAGAGUUCUUCAAACGAGGACAGAUACCGUCUGAAGCGUUUAAUAAAUAAAACAGGUUAUGUUAGACCUACGGGUUAGGGGAAAAGUAAGAUUCAAAACAAUUUCAAUUUAUAUCACUAUUUUUCUUCUCGUUGCAUGUGUCAUUUGUAACACGUAGUAUUUACGUCAUAAUCUGAACAAGAACAAGUUUCUGGGUUCUUUGUAUUUCUCUCACGACUAUGUUCUUUCUUUCUCUAGUCGCUCAAGUGAUCUUUAACGCGUAUUAACACGUUGACUGCCACGCCAAAACCGUUGAAACUUUCGUUCGAUACUUUAGAUAAUACUUUCUUUUAUUUUUACUAGAUUUUAUCUAUUCUUUUUACGACGUUCCGAUUUCCUACGGAAAUUUAACCAUUACCCAUGCGAAUACGUAUAGUCAGCGUGUUCGUUAUAUCUUGUACGUUUCUUUCUUUCGUUGUUGCGUUAUCACCCAAAACUAUCGAAUAACAUAGUGUAUCGAACAAAAAGAAGAUUGUUCGAAAUUAGGAAAAACGACUAAUCUUUUUUCACAGGGUAAUUCCUUCGACGACAAGCUUCUUUUUGCAUCGAAUACAUAAUAUACUCAUAAUCGGUCAUAAUAUACGAAUAGAUUCGCGUAAAGAAUAUAAUCCUUGCAUACCAUUUUCUGCAAAAUCUUCUAUUCAGAUUAUGAUGUAUCUAAGAAAUGAGAUUAGAAUUUAAGAUUAUCUUCUAGGUUUAAUUAAUUUCAAGAGUAAAUAAUAUUGGCACGAUCCAAUUAGUUAUUGCUUCAUUUUUUAUGUAUCAAUACUGUCGUGCUUGUUGCCUUAUUGUCGAUACACGACAUUAGAUCAUACGUAUUCUAAUUUUCUAUUAUUAUUAUUAUUAUUAUUAUUAAUUUUCAUACGUUUCAGUACUUUCCUCCGAUAGUACGAAAAAGAAAAGAAAAAAAUGUACGACAAUUUAAUAUUUGAAACACGAAUGGUACUUAGCUGCCGGUUAAAUUCUAUUUCAUAAAUACGCGUACAAUGAUGUUUAUUUUACACGAUCUUGAUAAUUUAUACGUAACACUUUGAUUUUGCUUUAAAAUGUAUAACAAGAUGGUGUCCUGAUAUCUUAUAUCAUUGAACGAUCGUUAAAACAGAAUGAUCGUUGUCCUCUGCCAGCGUAAAUUAUAAUUUUGUUAUCUGUAGUAAAAUAAGCGUCAUUAUGCACUUCAUACAGUCUAGUUUAUAUUAAACUUCGUAAGGCUGGGAAAACGAAACAUGCAUGAUCUUGGAAAGGUCAUGUUCGACCUCACUUUAAUUAGCUGGUUGAUCGUAAAUUAUAAAAAAAUAUGCUGCAUACUUUUUGAAUGUUAAGAAAAAAAAAGUAAAUAGUAUAAAUACUAUAAAUUUUUUAAAUAUUAGAUUAAGAUUUAAACUAGUGUAAAAACGUAAGCGACAUUGCAAAGGGACAAUGAACGUUUAACCAAAAAAAAGAAAAGAAGAAUUUCGAAACGAAUCAACCAGCUUCUUUUAUAUACUAUUACGAUAAUCAAAUGUGUUGACUUUCCGUAACGAAGAUUAUCAUCAUCUGCAUACGCGAAUGCACCGUUAUUUCUGAUUGUUUUUAUAUAGUUUCGAUUAAUAUUAUGCGAAUCCAAAGAUUAGAUGCAGUAUGUGAACAUAAAUUAUUUGUCGGUGUACACGAAUAACGCGCGUUUAACAAAACGAUUACCUCGGACCUUGCGUGCCACAAAAAAAAAAAAAAAGAUUAAUCGCCACAACAUGGAAACUGUUUUCGAAUUUCUUUGAUUUUGAAGACAGUCAACUCGCCGUAGUUGAAUUAAACUACUUGCGAGGAUAAUAAGAGUGGUGGAAGAGGGCAGUUGCCUCGAGUAAAUUUGGGACCCCAACAGCAAGUGAACAUUCACGUAGAAGACAAACUUUCAAAGUUUGAUCUUGUCCCAGGUCGUAGCCUGUCGAUGUACGACAAUUAAGCUAUGACCAACGAUAUAUUUGCAAAGUGCGCAUUAUAACGUUAAACCUGAACCUCGAACUGAAGAAAUUUAACUCGAGCAUACCAAUUGCUUCUGCGGAUUGAUAAGCCCGUAAGAAUUUGUUUGUGGUUCUCGUGUCAGUAAGACAGAAGCCAUGACCGCAUCGCUUCGCUCUCUUGUCUCUUAUAACGAGACACAUUAAAUAAUAACGAUGAACAGGAUCGACUAACAUACGUAAGAAGAAAGACAAGGAAACGAAACAAGAUCUACGAUUUUGACGAACGUUACGAUUCAACUCGAUGAUUUUAAUGAUCGUUGGUUUUUUUUUGCCGCGAAAGUAUGAAUACAAUCCAUACCAACAGAAUAAUUUUAUGUUCACAUUCUGUGCUGAUUCAAUUAUGCUAAUGAUAAUAUACUAAUUAGGACAAAGUUAUUUGUUAACGAUACUGUUAAAUUUCCUUUAAAGCUAACUCGUCGUGUUCAUGUAGAACAAACAUUGAUAUCCCAACGCAUUCGCUCUGACACAUUGUACAAAAAGCCAGGAAUGUAACGCGAGAAAAAUCAAUUAUUCGCGAUCUUUACUCGCAACAUUGAAUCAAUUUAUGGAACACUGCUCUUCGGUUCUUAGAUACGUAUGCCGUCAAACGUGCAAAUGUUUCGCGUGUUCUCGUUUUUAUUAAAUGAAAUGUAAAUAGUUGCGUUAACGGUGUACAUGUUAAGAUAUAGGUUUUUUGCAUUAUGCCUUCCGUCAAGUUCAAGUGCAUACGAACUGUAAAUACACGUGUAAUUAAAUAAAACCGAACAUUUGUAUACAUAA